UGAUCAAGUGCAAGCCUCCAUCUUGGAAAAUCCCUUUUCACGUUUUCAACGAAAGAAGUGUGUCUGACAUCGAUAAAAUUUACUUCUUCCGAUGCAGUUGAAUAAACAUUUCUUUCUAUUAUUAUAACUUCGUUUAGGAGAGUUAUUGUAUUAAAUAACUCCGGCAAUCAGAAUACAAACACAAGGGUUUCGCGCCAAGAUAUAAUAUAUCACGUACAUACAUACGAUAACGAUUUAAAAAGCAGUAAAACGUAUAUGUAUAGGCGAAUAGAGGACACGGCCCGAUUCGAAGAAGAGGGAGGGAGGCGAAGUAAGAGAUUUUUCCUAUCGAAAUUGGAAAGAACGAUAGACAAAACGGCUUCGCCAAAAAAAUCCUCCAAGAAGAUGGCGGAGACAAAAGAAUUGGAGAAUAUGGUAUUGAGUUUUCGAGUGUCUGAACUUCAGAUGCUUCUUGGUUUUGCUGGUAGAAAUAAAUCAGGUAGAAAAAACGAAUUGCAAGCACGUGCGCUAGAAUUGUUGCGUUUGAGAUCCCACCCAGUUCAGCUAAAAAUACGUGAAUUGUAUAAAACGAUACAAGCUGAUCAGCUAGCCGCGCAUCAGAUGUAUGGUCAAACAGGUAGUUCUACAGAGCCACAGAUAGAUCAAAACAUGCAUUCCAGAAAUUAUUACACAAGACAAGCGAUCAGCCAACAACAGCAGCAGCAGGCUGCGGUUACCAGCGCGAAAGAGUUACCUCCUGCACAUCAGGCAUCUCUACCUCAAGCACCGAUCGCCAGAACCAAUCCAGUAUAUCAGUCAACAGGGUACACAAGUGUAACUCCACAACAAACGACAAAUGCAGGGUUUACUCCAUAUGCCUACCCAAAAGUCUUGCCAUCACCCUUGCAAAUGCAACCGAGGAGUCAAUACCCGGUUCAUCCUGAUGUCAAGCUUAAAAGGCUACCGUUCUUCGAUUUGUUGGCCGAGCUGUUGAAGCCGUCUAGUCUGAUGCCGCAAGGAUCCAUGAGGCUUCAAGAGAACACGUUUGUGUUUCACUUAACACCACAACAAUCGACAGACGUGGCUAGUUCGCGAGAUGUUCGUCAAGGUGGCAAAAUGGAUUACACGGUGCAGAUACAAAUGAGGUUUUGCUUACAAGAAACCUCGUGCGAACAAGAAGACUGUUUUCCUCCAAGUAUCGGUGUUAAAGUUAACGGAAAGAUUUGUCCCUUGCCGAAUCCGAUACCUACUAAUAAGCCUGGGGUAGAACCAAAGAGGCCACCGCGGCCUGUAAAUAUUAGCCCCUUAGUUAAGUUAUCUCCUACAGUAGCUAAUCAAGUUCAUGUUACGUGGUCUGCUGAUUAUGGUAGACGUUAUGCGAUUGCGAUUUACCUCGUCCGAAAGCUCUCUAGCACAGAGUUAUUAACGAGACUGAAAAACAGAGGUGUUCGACCUUCGGAUUAUACAAGAGGUUUAAUUAAAGAAAAGCUUAACGAAGACGCUGACAGUGAAAUAGCAACCACAUCGCUCAGAGUAUCGUUGGCUUGUCCGUUAGGGAAGAUGCGAAUGGUGACGCCGUCCCGAUCGACCACGUGUUCGCAUUUACAGUGUUUCGAUGCUUCAUUGUUCCUUCAAAUGAACGAGAGGAAACCAACGUGGAACUGUCCAGUGUGCGACAAACCUGCAUUUUUCGAUAAUUUAGUUAUUGACGGAUACUUUCAAGAGGUGUUGAGUUCCAAGAAAUUGUUACCGGAUGUGAACGAAAUUCAGUUGUUGCAAGAUGGAUCCUGGGAGAAUUUGGUUUUGAAGAAGGAGAAGGAUAAAGAGAAGAGCGACGCGAACGUUGUGACCAAUUCGAAUCAGGAUCGUAAGAUUGAUGUGGAUACAGUAGAUUUAGACGAAAGUAAUCCUGCGCCGCCAAAGGAAAAGAAACGGGCUGUGGUUAUUGACUUAAUAUCUGACAGUGACGACGACGAGGAAAGUAGAACGCCGACGCAAAGUACAAAGAAACCAGCUCUCGGUACAUUAUCGCCGAAAAAGGCACAAACCAGCUCUAUCAGUAGUACGAGCGAAUCCCCGGAACUAAUGAUAAUCGAUUUAGAAUAGAGAUUUUUAUAUUUACCGUUUCACCGUAUUUUGAACGAGUUCACCGCUCGCGUUAGUCAUCACGAUUUUUACUUUAAUUGAUGUAAAUCCGAAGAUUUAUUUUUGUGCUAUUCGUAAUGCUGUGCACUCAUUCGCUAAACAAAUCUUGCAUCGAAGACGAACGCGGUGAAUUUGUUAAAAAUAUACGCGAUCUUGUACAGAACAGAAACCAAAAGUUGAUUAGUUCUGUGAUUUAAGAUAGAAUGGUAUUCAUGACGUUUUUACUUUUGGUACAUAAAAUCGGGCACAAUCAUAUAAACAGAAUGGUAUUUGCGUUUGGUAACUGUAAAUACAUACCUAUCAACGAUUCGAUUUUCGAUUCGGUUCGAUUAAAAUUGAGUUACUAAGAUAAAACUAGUACUAACGAGUGAAAUACUUUAUUAUAUUUUUUCAGUAUCGUACGAAAAUAGAUAAUGUAAUUCUAUCGUAAAGAAUUAUAAUAAUUUAUAAUAAAAGUCAUCCGUCGUUUUUCCAA